AUGUCGCACUCGAACAGGAAUUUCACAGUUGUGCGAGCUCCGAUGCCGUCCUUCUGCUUGACGGGGGACCCAGUUGGGCAGCAAGACGAGAAGCUUCAGUUGACGAUACGAUAUGGCGAAGGAGACGACGAGCUUCAGAUCAACAGAGAAUCGCUCUACUUCCCCAGAAUCAAAGAGGCGCGAGAGGGCACGCCCAACGGUGGGAAGCGAGCUUGUGAUCUGAUUGCUCGAGCUCCCACCGUCAGACUGCAACAGCCAAGCCCAAGGAACCGAUUGAACUCGGCGAGGCACAGGAGACCGCAGUCGAGCACCUCGCGGAUGCCGCAAACUGAUGCGGAGGCUACAAAAUCAGGAGAUCCGAAAGCAAACAGAUUCGUCGGAUCGUCGUCAGGCGAUCAAACUCCCUCGUCUGCUGAUGCCCUGGCCAUACAACCUCAGAUCAGUGUCCAUGUCAGCAAGUCUGAGGUGAAAAGUGGCGAGCAAGGUAGCAAUAAUCAAGCUGGAAGAGAUGAUCCUGAGACAGCAAGUUUGGUUUGUCCACGAAGUCCAGUGAGAGAAUCUCAGCCCACCAAACCUCAAGGACAGCAGAAGAAAGUUGCUGUGGUGAACCUUGAACAAGUUGAAUUGACAAAUAACCCCGACGUCUCUCGAAAUAACAAGAUGGAGCUUUCCUUGCAAGACAUCAAAAACUUCAGGAUGAACAAGGACAAGGAGAAGAUAAGACCUUUCUCUGCAAGGAUCGUGAAGCGAGUGGAAUGGAAGGGUAAAGACCUGUCAGACGUGCGGGCGUCCAGGGCAAACGCCAUUCGAGUGCAGGGCAGCUGCAUCAAGAGCAACGCUAAAGACAUGCCGACACAAGGGUCAACGGCAAGAGCAGCACCAGCAAGGGGAGCAAUCGAGAGUUCAACGGAAGAGGAAGUGCUGAGCUGUGAAGAGGAAGGGGACAUCUCCUCAGAGAAAUCAAGGUCAAGAUCCUUAGGGUCGUCGGACAGUUUCUUCGAAGUAGAUGUCGCAGAGCCUUUGCUCCUGGACUGCGAACGAGCAAAAUUGUUGGACGGGACUGUCGACCAAGAAGAAGUUUCCUCCCCCAACUCGCUGGAUUUCUUUGGGUCUGUUGAAUACCAGUACCUGAUACCUCAAGACCAGAGUUUGGACACGAGCAUUUUUCCAGACGACAAGAAGUCUGAAAGACCAAGUCAGUGCAAGGUUGGGAAGUUGGAGGGAGGACGAGAGCGAGGGAAAUCCGCGGCAUUUCAAGACAUUGCUCUCCCGGAUAUCAAGUACAAUCUUGUGUCAGACGAGACUAAAGAUAACCCUGUUGAACAAGAAGAUCAUCUGGAAGACUCCAAGUGGGACCAUGGUCGUUCGCGCUCUCCCUCGUCAAAUCAUCGCAGUCCUAGUGCAGCAAACAUGGAAAGUCCCAGCCACGCUCCCUUUAUCGGGUUGGACGAUCCCAUCUUGUCACAGGUGCUGCAGGACGCUGCACAGCUGACUUCAGGCAACAACCAUGUAUCCGAACUCGAGUUUGACAUGGAAGGCAAUGGAGAUAUGGAAGGCGAUGUUGAUAUGGCCGAUGAGACAUCGCAUGGAAGGGCUGUGAUACAUUGUACAGAAUGUGGGAACAGAAUGCUGUUGGAUGACAGCUUCUUCGAAACGAAGCCCGUGAUCGUGUUCAAGUAUAGCAACUUUGAUGCGAUGAACAUUGAUCAAAGCGAGAGAAAUGGACAAGAUAUGCAAGCACACACGAGAGGAACAGACACGUCGUUUGAAGAGAGAUUAGAGAGCAUAUGCAGCUCAAUGGAAACUCAAAUCAACAAUAUUCUUUUCAGACUGUCGUCACUCCAGGAGGCGCAGCAACCCCCAAAGCAUGCGAACGGUCGUUCCAGCUGA